AAAGAUAAAUACGUGAAACGUGUAUUUCAACGUCAUCAGGCAACAUGUUUUCGCUCUUCCCAUGAAAACUCUUGUGCGCAGAACAUUGUACUGGUGCAGGAAGGUGUUUUGUGGCCAGCCAGCCAGCUAGCUAGUUACCAUAACGAAUAAACACAGGAGUAUGCUGCCCAUACAAACACUCAAGGCCUAGUAGAAACACCAUGGAAGAGUCAGGAGGCAGGCCACGCUACCCCAAGCAGGAAGGCCGGGAGAGGGGCCCGGUGGCAGACGAGGCUGAGACCUGGAGGAACCAAGAUGCAGCGAGAGGAUACAGCCCCAAGUUGGAGAGGCGUGGCCAGGGGAAGAGGGGAGGGCUUCACCACGCCAGCUCCAAGAAGGGAGCGAUGGAGCCUCUGAGCAGCUACCCUGCAGGGGGAUUCAAGGAGGGCCACAGCCCCUCACAGAGGGAGGACUUUCAGAGAGCUAGGUACCCAGAGAACCAGCAGGCCGAGGGCCGGGAGGAGAACUGGAGAGAGCGCCCUUCACAACGCUUUAGGAGAACUUCUCAGGGAGAGGACAGGGAGCAGAGGAGAGACAACGUUGACAACACACUUCACUCAGGGGGCAGGAAUCGUAGGAACCAUAACUGGAGGCGGGGUCUAGGUGAGGAGGACCAUGGGCCGGUUGUGGAUGAGUCAGCUCUGUCAGCCAAAGAGCUGCUGGGACUGAAACAGGCGGAGGACAAGAUUGGCAGAGAGAAGAUCUUCCGUCUGAAGAAGAGGUCUCACAGUAACCCCAGUGCUGUCUACACCUGCUCUCUGUGUGAGGUUUUGCUGGACUCGGUCUCUGACGCUCACAGACACAUCAAAGACAAGUGGCACAAGAGGCGAGCCAAGGAGCGUUGCGAGGAGGAGAUGCUGACAGAGAUUGUGCCCCCCAGGGCAGAGCAGGUGGCGGCGGUGGGCGUGGCCCUGGAGGGCGUGGUCAGAGAGAGAGGGAUGAGUGACCAGGAUGUAGAGAACAGACAACAGAUCGUCUCCAACAUGCAGGAAGUCCUAACAGCCGUCCUGCCUGAGGUGAAACUCAGGCUCUAUGGGUCUUCCUGCACCAAGUUCGGUUUCAAGGAUUCCGACGUCAACAUUGACAUUCAAUUUCCCCCUCAUAUGCAUCAGCCAGACGUUCUGUUGCUGGUACAGAAGAGUCUGUCAGUCAGCCUUCUCUACGGUAACCUGGAGGCAGACUUUCAUGCCAGGGUACCGGUGGUCAUCUGUAAAGACAAGAACAGUGGUCUGGUGUGUAAGGUGAGCGCAGGAAAUGACAACGCCUGCCUGACCACCUCCUUCCUGUUUGAGCUGUCCAAUCGGGAGCCUCUCCUGCUGCCACUGGUCCUGGGCUUCAGACACUGGGCCCGCAUCUGUCACGUGGACCGAGCGGAGGAGGGAGGUCUGCCGUCGUACGUCCUGGCUCUCAUGGUCGUCUACUUCCUCCAGCAGAGGAAACGGCCCGUCCUGCCUGCCUACCUGGGACACGAGAUAAAAGAGUUUUCUAUCAGCAGGCUACAUGACUUCAGUCUGACCUACAUGGAGGAUGGCUGGGUCCACUGGGGUUACCAUCCCGUCUCUAAGGACUCCUCAUCCUCACCCCCAGAAACCAUCUACAGGGAGGGCAAGGCUCCUCUGGUGUUCCAGAGCUCUGUCUCUCCUCCGGCGGUGGGUCUUCUGUGGGUGGAGAUGCUUCGUUUUUAUUCGCUGGAGUUCAACAUGGCGGAGUGUGUCAUCAGCGUGCGUACCAGCCUCGUCCUAUCACGGGACGCCAAGGACUGGCCUAAGAAACGCAUUGCCGUGGAGGAUCCGUUUGCUGUGAAGAGGAACGUGGCUCGUUCAUUGAACAGCCAACAGAUGUACGAGUACAUCCUCCACUGCCUCAAAUCGACCUAUAAGUACUUCGCCCUGCCCCUCAGCCUUCCCUCAGCCAACCACAAGAUGGCAGGGCCUCGAGGAGCUAAUUACAAGCAAGGGCCUAGUCAGAAGGCUCUGAGUGACGUGAGCCGUGUCCAAUCAGGGUUGAGCAGUCUCAAACUGGAGUCUCAGGCAGCCAAUGGGCAGAAAGGAGAGGCGGGCUUUAAACAGGACUCUGACUGUAUGGUGGAGGAAGAGGAGGAGAGCCCUUCAGACUCUGAUAAAGAAGAAGAGGAGGAUUUGGGGAAGAAUAGCCUGUCUGAGGAGGAAGAGGAGGAUGAAGAGCUAGACGAGGAAGUAUAUCCCAGACAUCACCUAGACAGUGUGAACACGGAGGACGAAGAGCUGUUCCCAUUGGACGAGGUCUCGGAGGAGCUUCUCUCAGACGAGGAGGGGCCAGACCUAGACACUCCCAGUUCAUUGGACGAGGAGGAGGUAGCCUUGCCCAAACAGGAAGUGCUUGACAACAAGAUCGAGGGGGCCAGUGGUCUCUGCUAUGGCUUCACCAGACAGGCCUUCACCCGUGGAAAGUCCCACACAGUGGUGUGUAGUGUGUGUAAGCGUGACGGCCAUCUAAAGAAGGACUGUCCUGAAGACUUCCAGAGGGUUCAGCUAGCCCCUCUCCCUCCCAUGACACCUGCCUUCCUCAAAACACUCAACACCGUCUGUCAGCAGUGCUACCGAGACUUUGCUCCAGAUGAGGUGGAGCUGGGAGUGAGAGAACACAUCCUGCUGGACCUCGAGAGCUUUGUCAAACGACAGUUCACAGGUGCCAGACUGAGGUUGUUUGGUUCGUCUAAGAACGGCUUUGGCUUCAAGCAGAGUGACCUGGACAUUUGUAUGGUGCUGGACGGACAGGAGACCGCUGAAGGUCUGGACUGUAUCAGCAUCAUAGAGUCUCUGGCCAGACUGCUGAGGAAACACCCAGGUCUGAGGAACAUCCUUCCCAUCACUACGGCUAAGGUCCCCAUCGUUAAGUUCUACCACGCCAGGACCGGCUUGGAGGGAGACAUCAGUCUCUACAACACGCUGGCUUUGCACAACACGCGUCUGUUGGCGUCGUAUGCUGCCAUCGACCCCCGAGUCAAAAUGCUGUGUUAUGUCACCAAGGUGUUUGCCAAGUUGUGUGAUAUCGGUGAUGCGUCUCGAGGCAGUCUGUCAUCCUAUGGCUUCACCCUGAUGGUGCUGUUCUACCUGCAACAGAGGAACCCACCUGUUAUACCUGUACUACAGGAGAUUUAUGACCAGGAGGAGAAGCCUGAGGUUUUGGUAGAUGGAUGGAAUGUCUACUUCUACGAUGAUCUGGAUAAACUGCCUGAGCGCUGGCAGCAGAGGAACAUGGAGUCUGUAGGUGCUCUGUGGCUGGGCCUACUGCAGUUCUACACUGAGACCUUUGACUUCAGAGAACAUGUGAUCUCCAUCAGACAGAGCGCAGCUCUCACCACCUUCAACAAGCAGUGGACCUCCAAGUACAUCGUCAUCGAGGAUCCUUUUGACCUGAACCAUAACCUGGGAGCUGGCCUGUCCAGGAGAAUGACCAACUUCAUCAUGAAGGCGUUCAUCAAUGGCAGAAGUGUGUUUGGAACAGCAGUCAAAGCCUACCCUCCUGAGUACACUAGUCAUAUGGAGUUCUUCUUUGACCCCGAGGUGUUGACAGAGGGACAACUGGCUCCUAACGACCGCUGCUGCAGGAUAUGUGGCAAGAUCGGACACUUCAUGAAAGACUGCCCCAUGCGCAGGAAGUCUAGGCAGCGUCGUGAGCAGGAGGACCGAGCAGAGGGAAGGAGGGACUGGGCGGAAGGGGGCAGGGAACAUCGUCAGGGUGAAUACUGGAGAAGACAGGACGAGAAACGGUGCUGCUUCCUGUGUGGAAGCCAUGCCCACAUCAAGAAAGACUGCCCCCAGUACAGAGGACCUGCCUUUUCUUCACCUCCCUCUACUAGCCACAUGAGGAAUUUGAGAGAGAGAAAAACAGGACUCCCCUCAACCUGGUCUAACCCUAGUGUGUUUAUUUGUCCAGGACUCUCCUCAACCUGGUCUAACCCUAGUGUGUUUAUUUGUCCAGGACUCUCCUCAACCUGGUCUAACCCUAGUGUGUUUAUUUGUCCAGGACUCUCCUCAACCUGGUCUAAUCCUAGUGUGUUUAUUUGUCCAGGACUCUCCUCAACCUGGUCUAAUCCUAGUGUGUUUAUUUGUCCAGGACUCCCUCAACCUGGUCUAACCCUAGUGUGUUUAUUUGUCCAGGACUCUCCUCAACCUGGUCUAACCCUAGUGUGUUUAUUUGUCCAGGACUCUCCUCAACCUGGUCUAACCCUAGUGUGUUUAUUUGUCCAGGACUCUCCUCAACCUGGUCUAAUCCUAGUGUGUUUAUUUGUCCAGGACUCUCCUCAACCUGGUCUAAUCCUAGUGUGUUUAUUUGUCCAGGACUCUCCUCAACCUGGUCUAAUCCUAGUGUGUUUAUUUGUCCAGGACUCUCCUCAACCUGGUCUAAUGCUAGUGUGUUUAUUUGUCCAGGACUCUCCUCAACCUGGUCUAACCCUAGUGUGUUUAUUUGUCCAGGACUCUCCUCAACCUGGUCUAAUCCUAGUGUGUUUAUUUGUCCAGGACUCCCUCAACCUGGUCUAACCCUAGUGUGUUUAUUUGUCCAGGACUCUCCUCAACCUGGUCUAACCCUAGUGUGUUUAUUUGUCCAGGACUCUCCUCAACCUGGUCUAACCCUAGUGUGUUUAUUUGUCCAGGACUCUCCUCAACCUGGUCUAACCCUAGUGUGUUUAUUUGUCCAGGACUCUCCUCAACCUGGUCUAAUCCUAGUGUGUUUAUUUGUCCAGGACUCUCCUCAACCUGGUCUAACCCUAGUGUGUUUAUUUGUCCAGGACUCUCCUCAACCUGGUCUAAUGCUAGUGUGUUUAUUUGUCCAGGACUCUCCUCAACCUGGUCUAAUCCUAGUGUGUUUAUUUGUCCAGGACUCCCUCAACCUGGUCUAACCCUAGUGUGUUUAUUUGUCCAGGACUCUCCUCAACCUGGUCUAACCCUAGUGUGUUUAUUUGUCCAGGACUCUCCUCAACCUGGUCUAAUCCUAGUGUGUUUAUUUGUCCAGGACUCUCCUCAACCUGGUCUAACCCUAGUGUGUUUAUUUGUCCAGGACUCUCCUCAACCUGGUCUAACCCUAGUGUGUUUAUUUGUCCAGGACUCUCCUCAACCUGGUCUAAUCCUAGUGUGUUUAUUUGUCCAGGACUCUCCUCAACCUGGUCUAAUCCUAGUGUGUUUAUUUGUCCAGGACUCUCCUCAACCUGGUCUAAUCCUAGUGUGUUUAUUUGUCCAGGACUCUCCUCAACCUGGUCUAAUCCUAGUGUGUUUAUUUGUCCAGGACUCUCCUCAAACUGGUCUAAUGCUAGUGUGUUUAUUUGUCCAGGACUCUCCUCAACCUGGUCUAAUGCUAGUGUGUUUAUUUGUCCAGGACUCUCCUCAACCUGGUCUAAUGCUAGUGUGUUUAUUUGUCCAGGACUCUCCUCAACCUGGUCUAAUGCUAGUGUGUUUAUUUGUCCAGGACUCUCCUCAACCUGGUCUAAUCCUAGUGUGUUUAUUUGUCCAGGACUCCCCUCAACAGGAG